CCGCCGAGCGGCGUGCAGGCACCGCCCCCGCGCGCCGCAGUCCCGGCUGAAGCGUCUUGGCCGUGGCCGUGGCCGUUAGCGUUGCCUCCAGCAGGCUCUGGCGGCGGCGGCGACUCCCGGGCUCGCGGAAGGCAGUGGGCGGCCCCAAGCCCGUGGCCGCCUGGAGCAGCCCGGCGCUGGGGCAGGGGAGGCGAGGGCGGCGGCGGCGGCGGCGGCGGCGGGGCGGCGGGUUGUGCCCGGCCCCCCCUCCUCCUCGCCUCCAGUCCCCGGGCGACUGCGGACUCCGGGCAGCCCCCGGGCGGCGGCCGACGCGGCCGAGCGGACGGCGGGGGAUGGCGAGAUAAGCGGCGCGGCAGCGGCCCGACUGACUGCUUUGCACGGAUGAUGAACCUUUCCUCACGUUUAAGAAGACCCUCCUGGGUGAUGGAUAGUAAAAGAAUGGGGAUGACACCACAUUUCCAGUGGCUCUUACUAACAUUUAUUCUCCUGUACUUAAUGAACCAAGUAAAUAGCCAGAAGAGAGGGGCCCCUCGUGAUUUGAAGUGCGUAACUAACAAUCUGCGGGUGUGGGACUGUUCUUGGAAAGCACCCUCUGGAGCAGGCCAUGGUACUGUUUAUGAAGUUUGCAUUGAGAACAGGUCUCAUUCUUGUUAUCAGUCAGAGAAAACAAAUACUAAGCUCCCUGCUCUUCCACCUGGUGAUCAUGAAAUAACAAUAAACCGUCUGUAUGAUUUUGGAAAUCUUAUAAGUAAAUUCACACUAAAUGAAAAAAAUGUUUCUUUAAUUCCGGACACUCCAGAGAUCUUGAAUUUGUCUGCUGAUUUCUCAACUUCCACUUUACACCUAAAAUGGAAUGACAGGGGUUCUGUUUUUCCACAUCACUCAAAUGUCAUCUGGGAAAUCAAAAUUCUACGUAAAGAAAAUAAGGAAGUCAUAAAAUUAGUGACCCACAACACAACUGUGAAUGGUAAAGAUACAGUUCACCACUGGAGUUGGACCUCAGACAUGCCCUUGGAGUGCACCACUCAUUCUGUGGGAAUUAGGUGCUAUGUUGACGAUCUUCAUUUCUCUGGUCGCAAAGAGUGGAGUGACUGGAGCCCACUGAAGAACAUUUCUUGGUCACCUGAUUCCCAGACUAAGGUUUUUCCUCAAGACAAAGUGAUACGUGUAGGCUCAGAUAUAAUAUUUUGUUGUGUGACUCAAGAAAAAGUGUUAUCAGCACAGAUUGGCCAAACAAAUUGUCCCCUUAUCCAUCUUGAUGGGGAAAAUGUCGCGAUCAAGAUCCGUAAUAUUUCUGUUUCUGCUAAUAGUGGAACAAAUGUGGUUUUUACAACAGAAGAUAACAUAUUUGGGACUGUUAUUUUCGCAGGAUAUCCACCUGAUAUUCCUCAAAAACUGAAUUGUGAGACCUCUGAUUUAAAAGAGAUUGUCUGUACUUGGAAUCCAGGAAGACCAACCGCAUUGGUGGGCCCACGCAAUACAAGUUACACUUUAUUUGAAAGUUUUUCAGGGAAAUAUGUUAGAUUUAAAAGAGUUGAAGCGCCAACAAAUGAAAGCUAUCAGUUAUUCUUUCAAAUGCGUCCAAAUCAAGAAAUAUAUAAUUUUACUUUGAAUGCUCGCAAUCCUCUGGGUCGAUCUGAAUCAACUAUUUUAGUUAACAUAACUGAGAAAGUCUGCCCUCGUAUUCCUACUUCAAUCAAAGUGAAGGAUAUUAAUUCAACAGCUGUUACACUUUCCUGGCAUUUACCAGGCAACUUUGGAAAGAUUAAACUUUUAUGUCAAAUUGAAAUUAACAAAACUAACUCAGUCCAAGAAUUGCGGAAUGUCACAAUCAAAGGAGUAGAAAAUUCAAGUUAUCUUGUAGCUGUGGACAAGUUAAAUCCGUAUACCAUAUAUACUUUCCGGAUUCGCUGUUCUACUGAAACUUUCUGGAAAUGGAGCAAAUGGAGCAAUGAAAAAAAAUACUUAACCACAGAAGCCAUUCCUUCAAAGGGACCAGAUACGUGGAGAGAGUGGAGUUCCGAUGGAAAAAAUUUGAUAAUCUACUGGAAGCCUUUACCCAUUAAUGAAGCAAAUGGGAAAAUACUUUCUUAUAAUGUAUCCUGUUUGCUUGAUGAGGAGACACAGUCCCUUUCUGAGAUCCCUGAUCCUCAACACAAGGCAGAACUACAACUUGAUAAAAACGACUACAUCAUCAGUGUGGUGGCAAAAAAUUCUGUUGGCUCAUCGCCACCUUCUAAAAUAGCUAGCAUGGAAAUUCCAAACGAUGAUCUCAAAGUAGAGCAGGCUGUCGGAAUGGGAAAUGGAAUUCUCCUCACUUGGAAUUACGAUCCCAAUAUGACUUGUGACUAUGUUAUUAAAUGGUGUAACUCAUCUCGGUCUGAACCCUGCCUUAUGGACUGGAAAAAAGUCCCUUCAAACAGCACUGAAACUGUAAUAGAAUCUGAUCAGUUUCGACCUGGUGUAAGAUACAAUUUUUUUCUGUAUGGGUGCAGAAACCAAGGAUAUCAGUUACUCCGUUCUAUAAUUGGAUAUAUAGAAGAACUGGCCCCGACUGUUGCGCCAAAUUUCACUGUUGAGGACACAUCUGCAGAUUCGAUACUAGUAAAAUGGGAAGAUAUUCCCGUGGAAGAGCUCAGAGGCUUUUUAAGAGGAUAUUUAUUUUACUUUGAAAAAGGAGAGAGAGACACAUCUAAAAUAAGGAGUUUGGAAUCCGGUCGGUCAGACAUAAAGAUUAAGAACAUUACUGACCUAUCCCAGAAGACACUGAGAAUUGCUGAUCUUCAGGGUAAAACAAGUUACCAUCUGGUCCUGCGAGCCUACACAGAUGGUGGCAUGGGCCCAGAGAAGAGCAUGUUUGUGGUGACGAAGGAAAAUUCUGUGGGGUUAAUAAUCGCCAUUCUCAUCCCAGUGGCCGUGGCUGUCAUCGUGGGAGUGGUCACGAGCAUCCUUUGCUAUCGGAAACGAGAAUGGAUCAAAGAAACCUUCUACCCUGAUAUUCCAAAUCCAGAGAAUUGUAAAGCUUUGCAGUUUCAGAAGAGUGUCUGUGAGGGAAACAAUGCUCUCAAAACUUUGGAAAUGAAUCCUUGUACCCCAAAUAAUGUUGAGGUUCUGGAAACUCGAUCAAUGGUUCCGAAAAUAGAAGACACGGAAAUCAUCUCUCCGGUAGCGGAGCGGCAGGAGGAGAGCUGUGAUGCAGACGCCGAGAACCACGUGGUCGUGUCCUACUGCCCCCCUGUCAUUGAGGAGGAAACGGCGCAGCCGGGUGCAGAGGAGGCCGGAGGGACCUCUCAGGUCGUGUACAUCGAUAUCCAGUCUAUGUACCAGCCUCAGGCGAAACCAGAGGAAGAUCAAGACAGUGACCCUGUCGGGGGCGCUGGCUAUAAGCCCCAGAUGCACCUGCCGGUCCCUGCUACUGGGGAAGACCUGGGCGCGGAGGACGACUUAGAUAAAACUGCCGGUUACAGACCUCAGGCAAAUGUCAAUACUUGGCACUUAGUGUCUCCAGAUUCUCCCAGGUCCACAGACAGCACCAGUGAAAUGGUCUCUUUCGGAAGCCCCUGCUCCAUUAACUCCCGGCAGUUUUUGAUCCCUCCUAAAGACGAAGACUCCCCGAAAUCGAAUGGGGGAGGGUGGUCCUUCACAAACUUUUUUCAGAACAAACCCAACGACUAACAGAGCCACCGCGUCACUUCAGUCUGCCAUCUCAGUAAGCUCUCCGUUCUGGCGCUCCCGGGCCAGCACUGGGCAUCUUGGAGGGAUCCUGUGAAGUACUGUUGGCGAGGGGGAUCUUCUCGCACGCAAGUCACACUCCAAGCGUCCCUGUGCUUUCAGUGUAGUUACAGCCCAAGUAGAGUCACUCACAGAUUCGGUCCAUGCAGCUCAAGUCUUGGAGCGGUCCGUGAUCGGAGCCAGAAUGUUCCCACGGGCUCUCCCUUCAGGAAGUACUUCCUGGCGGAUACUGUCCAGUCCGCACAUGCAAAACAAGUCCCCCAGCCGCGUGUUCUGUUCUGCUAGUGGUUUUCUCAUACGGAUGCUGUGGAAUUGCAAGCCGAUUCACAGGCACGGGAGAAAGUCGUCAGUGUACCAGAUGAUGUUUAUUUGCCUGACACUUGCUCCAUUCUAGAUGAAAACCAAGCACAGAUUUCAGAACUUUCAACAUGAGUCUCCUCUGUCCACAGCAUUUACAAAAAAUUAAUAUAAUUUCUGAUGCAGUGACCGCUAUGUAGUGUUCGUUUGAUACAAAGUAUGCUGAUUCUGUGCCUACUGUAUAAUGGUUUUCAGAUAGUUUUCUCAGGGGUACAAACUUUGAAAAUGAGCAUGACACUGACCAGCCCAAAUUACAGUCAUGUUGUCUUUGCUUUGGGAGGUUUUGCAAAUCUUUUCCUUACCCCGUAGCUUGCAUGUGAACUUCCUUUAUUGCAUUUGGUUGCGCUGACAUUUAAGACCGAAAUUUCUAAGCCUGGAGACCUUAGGUUUUUUUUAAAUUGGUUUUCUUAUGACACAGUGACCGUGUUAUAGGAGCAAAUCCAACAUUACUGAGAAACAGAAUUGCAGUGAUUGUUUGAGGGGAAACCUGCGCAGACGCUCGCUGCAUUAGCUGUACGGUUCCGACUAGCUUCAGUGCCUCCCCAGGACACCAGGCAGUGGUGACCUUUGACACAUCAUAGCGAAGGUUCCUUUUGAUCAGGCAUUUUAGCAGUUUUGCCUUUUGAAAUGAUCAUCAGGCUAGACUGUUUAAACCCAGUCUUAAAAUUUUUAAAUCUAAAACUUAGAAGGUGAUGCCUCCUCCACGGACAGUUCCUCAAGGGCUAUGGUGUAUGGACUGUGGCCAGGUCCGUUUGAAUCAGCGGGUGUACCUGUGUCAGCUUUGUGAGCUGUCUGUGACCAUGUGUCUUCACAGCUGCCUCUGCCUGUCCUUGCUUUUCCUAAGUGAGGUCUAGAAUGAACGUGGUUUUUUGAAAAGCAGAAUGAAAAACUAAAAAGUGUAUAUUACACAUUUUCCCUACCCCCAUGGAUAUUUUAUUUUUUGGUAGUUAAGGCAAAGUAUCAGAAAAUUGAAAUACCUGAAUACAUCAAGAUGUGCUUGUUUUGUUUCGUUUUGUUUCUUUUUUUAAUCCUCUGAGGUUCUGUGAUGAUAAUGGAUUGGUUAUCCUUUUGUCCUAGGUCCUCAUGUUUCUUUAUAAAAACCACGUCAUGGAAAAAAGCCACAAGGCGACAAGAGCCAAAAUCCAUUUGGGUACUCUCUGAAUCCUGAUUUUAAUUGCUAGAAUUCACCUAAAUUCUUGAGCUUCAUGAUAUAUGGACACAUGGAAUGAAAUAGAAACUGAACUAAUUAUGUUCACAUUUGGUAGACGUUAAAACCGUGUAAUGGCUCCUAGAGAUUUUCAGCGAUGAAAAACAUCUCAAACCAGAUCCAUCCCUGACAGUUUGCUGCUCUCCUUUUUCCUCUCAGGCUUCUGUCCUCAGCCUGCACCCCAGGUGCUCAGACCGGGGGCUCCCUGCAUUCCUGCUGAAGCUUGUCUUUUCUCUCCCCUCCUGCCCCAGGCUCCUGCCUCGUUCCCCCUUGAAACCAGUGGAUCCCGUACUUCAUCUCUUGAGGAUAAGUGUUGGCUAGAGUAGAAGUUGGUGGGUCUGAGCUACACUAAACCGAGAAUGGGAAAGGUCUAGAAGAGAGUAUUGGACCUCUGUCUUCAGUAUAUAUUGCAUUGCAGCUCUGGUUCCAGUGCCCUUUCUGACCUACAGAAUGGCUCAUUUGUUUGGCUUAUGGUGAAUAUCACUGGGCUCUUGAGUCCUUUCUCUCCAAGACUCAGUGUCUCUCCUGCAUGAAAAAGGGUCGGAGUGCUGCUCACCUCUCUCCCUGCCCCUGGAGUUCGUACACAGUGAUCCUCACUUGGUGAAUGCGAAGCACAACACCACUGUUAGUCUGGGCAAGCCCCUUAUAACUUGCUGUAUACCUGGAAAUACGUGGUUUAGGGCUGAGGCCAAAGCAGAUUGCUUGUCCUUCCCCACUAAAUUGAAGACAACUAGACCCACUGUGCAAAUCCGAAGUCAUUACCUCUCUCCCCACCCCCGUUUCCCACCCUACCUGGGCAUGUGGGGGCGGCCUCAACAUAGGGAGAGAAGACACUGCCCUUUGUCACAUACCCAGUUGUUGGUGGCACUGGAGACCCUGGGUAAAUGUGCACUGUUUGUCAACACCAGGACCGUACUCGGAUGUGAAAAGCAGUCGGAGUUGGUCAUGCUCUGUCCAGUCAUUUUAGCUCCUCUGCCUGGGGGAGGGGAAACUAAAGGCUAGUUGGAAGGGGAGGUUAGAUGUGUUCCCUUCAGCCCUUCCCGACUGGCAGAGUAAUGGGGAGAUGCCCCUUUCCUCAACUAAAGCCUAGUCAUUGAUUAGAAAACUCCUAAGUAUCUGGACUCAUCUGUGCCUCACCAUGUCUCUUGAAUUGUAGUCUGUCUCAGGACACGUUUUCCUGUCUCGGAUAAGCCAGUUCACUUACAAACCGGUUUCAGAUCAAGCUUCCCUUGUGGGAAAUGGAGAUUCUGGUGGUGAUUAUGACUGCACUUCUCUUGUGAGUGGCCCUCCUAGACAAACAGUACUAUAAAAAUCCUCUUAGAAGACUUAGCUAGACUUCUGACAUUAGGUAGAGCUUGUGCAUUACGUGUGCAUGGAUUAGUACCCAGAUACAGUUGAAGUCAUCUGUGUGUUGAACGACAGAAGCCUGGAUUUGAGAUUGUGGCCCUGGGUAUCUGGAUAGUUGUGUGCUCACGUGCUUCGGUGACAGAGGUGCUGUGUUCCAACAGCUUAGACUCUGAAGUAGCCAUUCACGGAAAAGGUUAAGGGCGGAAGGAUCAGCCCUGUUUUCCAUACCAGCAUUACUUCAUGGCUCAUGGAUCUGAAGGACUGCUUUUAGAACGUCUGGUACUAUCGCACUCGGGAACUGUGGUCAGAGUCACAUUGUUAAAACUUGAGGCAGCUUGGUAUUCUUGUGGGAAAUCAUUAGUCCUGUAAUUUCUUAAUUGUCUUCAUACAGACCAUGUAUAAAGAACAUGACAGUCCUCUCUGAAUAAUCAGAUGUAGGUUAGUGAAGGAGACUAGGGAAUAUUUUCUUUCAAAAGGAAUUUGAAAUCAGUUUUAUAGUAUUUCUUAAAGUACUCCCUAACAUACCAAAAUGCAGAUGUUAUCUCAGAUUUUUUGACUGCUCAGGCACAUAAUCUGAUAAGGCUCUUUUUUUUCUGUUUAAAGUAAUUUUUAUUAUUUUCUGUUUUCAACCAUUUAAAGUUUGCAUACCUUUUAUACAAUGCCCUUUAUUUCUUGAAAGUCUAAUAUUAGGCAUCGCAGAAGUCAGAUGUGAGAUCAUUAGCUAAUUCCAAAGACAGCUAGGUACAUGGUGGAAAUUCAGUGAGUGAGUGUUUAUUGACUGAGUCCCAUUCCAGAAUGUGCAGUUUUCACAAGGGAUGCUUUAUACUAGCAUCUAGCCUGUGUAGAGCCGAGACUAUUGACUGAAAAGAUUGAAUCUACUCAAGAAGUAGCUCCAGUUUGGGUGAGAACUUGGGACAGACUCCGGCAAAAGCGUCACUAGAUUCUUAGUCCUCCCUCAUCGUGAGGAUCCACAGUGACAUUUUAUUUAAUGUGUACAAAACUUGGGAUGUGUCUGUACCAACCACCAUCGUUCUAGCAAACCAACCAGACAUCGAUGUGUGAGCUUAACUAUAAGGACUCAUGCAUUCACUUGAUAAACCAUUUCUUCAAAGCAUUUAUUUUAAACUGGUAUUUCCCGCUGAAACAAAAUCGCAAGGUACCAACGCCUAUCCUACCUUUCAGAUCCAGAAGAAAAUUUCUCAUAGAAGAAAAUGAUUUUCUAAACUUACUGGGAAUGCAUCCUUUAGACAAGACCUUAGAGAAUCAUUGGAAAUCACUGGGGUUAAAUUUGGUCCAUUUAGGUCUUUGUGGAUUAUGUACCAAGGCUAAUAUUUAAACCUCUUAUUCUGACAGGGUGGUGAGAUUUUUCUUUUUCAAUUUGUGCCUUUGUCUUAACUAUUACAUGGUCACAUUCAUGCCAGUUACAAUGCAAAUGAGCUAUUUUUAGUGCCUAUAUGGAGGAUUAAGAACACUCAGUGAACUGAUAGUGCAGGCUUUAUUGUGUGUGGUAAAAUUGCACAGGCUGUGAUUAGAUCUAAAUAUAUUCAAAUUCUCAAAAUUACAUUACUGAGUUAUGACAGCUUUCUGUUAUCCUUAACUAUGAUUAGUGCUUGUUUCUCCCUGUAUUAAGAAAGUUAGUAUUUGGGGAUUAUAAGUGUCCAAGUUACAGACAGAAUUUACCUAUGGAAGAUAAAUUCUAACUGUGCAACAUUUUUAUGAAAAUUUAAAGUGUUUUAAGAGGGAAGCCUUCUGCAUGUCUUCAUUACAGGUGCCUAGCUGAACUACAGAAACAUUCAAAAUCUCAAAUAAGUAAGCUAUCACUGAUUAAAUAUUAACCAAAUACAAAACAGUAAUAACUUAUAUUACUUUUUGAUUGCUAUAACUGACUACCUUAAAAACUCAGAGAUGUGAUGGGGAAAAUUAAUAUUUCACUGAUAAGGAAACUAAUUUGUAUUACACUUACUGUAUAUCCUUAAUAUUUCCUUUGUAAUAACUAAUCAGAACUUUAAAAACCUAAACAGCAGCAGACCUUAUGUUGCCCUUAAGCCAAAAAUACUUUGUAUACUUGGUUGAAUGGCUUAUUUAAAUGUUUAGAAUUUCCUUACACAUUGAAAAUAUACUUCCCUUCAGAAUUAUUCCAUUUUAAAGGUAGGUAAUUUCCAAUUUCUGAACUUACUGUUCCUCCUAAACAUUCCAUUUCAGAAAGAUUUCUAGGUGGUAAUACAAUUUGCAUUGAAACAUGGACAAUUUGAUUGUUAUGAUCAAUUGCCAAAAUACAGUUAAACCUAACAGUCAAAUUGAACAUAGAAAACAAUAUUUUGUUACUGAUUUGAUAAUGAUUUGAUAGUGAUUUUCAUUAAAAAAAAAAAGUUUCAAAUACUUGACCCCCAGUUGGAUUCCAAAACUUUCUCCCAUUAUUUAUGAUACACCCUUCUAUUUAAUUUUUUCCUUCCAACAUAAUGUUUUGGAGAAAGGUGAAUAUGUUGUGAAUAGUUGAAGACAAAACACAGUAACAAACCCUUACUCUGUUUGUUGUUGGGAAAGAGUAGGUAUUCUAUCCGACCUUGGCAUUUGUGCUUUCCUAUUAUUUUCUCAGAAAAGGAGCAUGGCUUUUUCUUAAGUAAAUUUCAGUUUAAAAUUGCUUGAAAAAGAUUGGCCUGGAUAGAAAGACAUCCGAAAUUUGAGAUGGUACCACCUUACAAGUAUCCAAAGGUUGAAAAUCAUUGAAAAAUACCCCACUAUUCCAAAGGGACGUGUUGCCUUCUCUUCUCUCUCAUUAGUCGGCCCUAAGUCAGAGGUCGUCUUCACGUUUAGGAAAUUGCCAUUUUUUUACUCUCAAAAUUGCAUUAUAGUGAAUUACUGUUUACAAAAUACACAUACUGUGAACAGAUAGAAGUUUUGUCUUUUAUAAGGUUGUCUGUAGAAUGAGUGUCUUUUUAAAGGGGUUGUUAUAUGUUAAAUAUUUUCAUUUUUUUUAUAAAUACUAGUAACUGUUUACUAACUUUUUGUUUGGUCAGGUGUGUGCAAAUGUAGCUGAAAGAUAGGGAGAAGCCGCACAUCCAAAACCGGUCCCGUUUUCAUUUCUUGAAAUGUUACCACUAGACUUUUUUUUUUAACCCGAAUUAUCUUCUGUGAUGUUGUAUACCUAAAAUCAUGCUUACUCAUAUAAGGAAACCUUUAAAUACACAGGUAGAGGCACCAAACUAUAUAUUGGUGUGAUUCACAGAAUUUCGAGUUUAAUGGAAUAAAAUAACUCCACUUAACAGAGAUGACAACUGAAGUAUUUUCCACCUUGUGAAAACUGGGGAGAUUAUGUUGGUGUUAGAAGGAAAAAUUUGAAUAUUUUAUAUCCUCGUAUAAUUUCAGAAUUUAGUUUCCAUAUCUUUUGGAGAACAUGGUUAUAUCCAGAACAUGAAAUAUAAGUAACCUAUUACUAAGACACCUUAAACAUAAAACUAGUAUGCUUGGCUGUUAACUCUAAAGAUGUUACUUAUGUUUGUUUUUAAAAUGCAUGUAUUUAACAGUUUUAUCAUAGUAUUGUCAUGGAAAAAUAAAUAUAUUUUCUUACAACUUA